AUGAUGUGUGUUCGAACGAUGUCUCACCUUGAACUCGCAAAAGGCUUACAACCUAAUAUAGACUGUAUUAAUCAAAGCCCCGAUACCCGCGUGCUUAUGGCGUAUUCUGGCAAGGAUUUCCUCAUUGAGACGAGUAUUUCCCGAGAGCUCGCGAAUUCGUUCAAAGGUCAUAAAGAACUGCGUUGUAAGGACAACGAUGAGAUUUCUGAAGAGGAAGCCGUGCGGCAAACACGUGAAUUGCUUUCAAAUGGAGCCAAAGCGGUGUCGAUAAAUUUCGAGAAGAGCGGCCAUUUCCUCCAACGAGAUCGAGCUCGAUAUAUUGCCGAUGCUGUCGAAGCUCUUACUUCAGAGUCGAAUCUAAUUGCUAUUACUUCUGAUUUGACGUGUGAUGUUGUGCUUCACUUGAUAUGCUUCCAGUAG